AUGAAGUCCAACAACGCCCUUGCUGCUGCUGCUGCCGCGCUGGCUACCUCAGCCUCGGCGUCGACAGUCACGCUCUCGACGCACCGCUGCUCAGACUUCACGUCGUCGUCUCCACAAACCAACUUCACCGUCGAGGCCGACACCAUUGCGCCCAUUCCCAAGGCGCUCAAGCCCGUGUGCGGCCUUGCCAUCCAAUCAGCCUCCGACGACCUCGACGUCAACAAGGUCGUCUGCUACACCUACACAGACACAACGCCGCCUCAAAUCCAGCCUGGAGAAAUCGUCAAGGACAACGGCGGAGUAGCCAGCGAGCUCUCUCAAUCGCUAAUCCGCAUCGGGCCCAUCGGCAGCCUGCGAUGCGUGCAACGCGGCGCCUCGUCAGACACCGGCAGCGGCAGCGACACCGGUUUCUGGGACAAUGCGCCCGCGAACCCGACGGGGCCCUCGCAGGUAAAGCGCACAGUCGGCAGUUUCGACGGCGACGCAGUCCACCAGCAUCGCCGCCGCGACAAUGCCCAGCCCACUACCACAAACACCAACAAGACCAAGGGCAGCCACAAACGCACUGCGGCCCCGGUUCCGUAUGCCCACAGGCGCGACGACGACAAGAUCCCCACGUACUCGGCUCCUCCGGGCUUGAAACGCGGGCUCGAGGUCGCUGAUGAGGCGCCGCGGGAGAGGCGCGAUUAG